GUAAAUCCGCCAUCUUCCUGCGGCGCGUUGCGACAUGGAGGGCGCGAUGGCAGUGCGGGUGACGGCCGCUCAUACGGCAGAAGCCCGGGCCGAAGCCGGGCGUGAAGCGGGUGAGGGUGGGGUCGUAGCAGCGGCCUCUGUUCCCGGCGGCUUCCUCGGCCUCCCAGCGCCCUUCGGCGAGGAAGAUGAGGAUGACGUACACAGAUGUGGCCGCUGUCAGGUGGAAUUCACUGCCUUGGAGGACUUUGUUCACCACAAGUUUCAGAAGGCCUGCCAGCGGGCCCCUCAGGAAGCCCUGCAUACGCCCUCUGCUGCCACCACACUGCUGGGCCAGGAGGUGGUGCCAACGGCAGCAGGCCCAGAAGAACCCAUUACUGUGGCCCACAUUGUGGUGGAGGCAGCCUCCCUGGCAACAGACAUCAGCCAUGCUCCUGACCUUGUUGGCAAUGGACAUAUUAAAGAGGUCAUUGUGGCUGCUGAGACUGAGCCAGGGGAUGGUGAGCUAGCGGAGGCCUCGGGUAGUCCCAGCCAUCAGGAGAUUGAGCUUGCUGUGGAGGGCGAGCAGGCACAGGCUAAGCUGCUGGUGAACAAGGAUGGCCGCUACGUGUGUGUGCUGUGUCACAAGACGUUCAAGACGGGCAGCAUCCUCAAGGCCCACAUGGUCACCCACAGCAGCCGCAAGGACCAUGAGUGCAAGCUCUGCGGAGCCUCCUUUCGGACCAAAGGCUCACUCAUUCGGCAUCACCGGCGGCACACAGACGAGCGCCCAUAUAAGUGUGCCAAGUGUGGGAAGAGCUUCCGGGAGUCGGGUGCACUGACUAGGCACCUCAAGUCUCUCACUCCAUGCACAGAAAAAAUCCGCUUCAGCAUGAGCAAGGAUGUGGUUGUGGGCAAAGAGGACAUGCCUACAGGGUCAGGUGCCUCCACCAUGGGGACAGUUACACCUUCGUCAGUGACAGGCGAACCUUUGGAGACAUCGCCAGUGAUUCAUCUGGUGACAGAUGCGAAGGGCACUGUCAUCCAUGAAGUCCAUGUCCAGAUGCAGGAACUACCACUGGGCAUGAAACCCCUGGCCCCAGAGCCUCCAGGCCCUGAGGAGCUUCCCUGUUCUGGUGAGGGCAGCCGUGAGAACCUGUUACACCAGGCUAUACAGAACUCUGGCAUCGUUCUCGAGCGAGUCACUGGGGAGGAGAGUACCGUAGAGCCGGCCCCAACCUCUGGGUCUGGUCCACAGCCCCUGGAAAAUGGACCUUCAGAACUGCCACUGCUGGAGGUGGAGCAGAUGGAGACAGUGGCCAGUGAGGCCUCCUCCGUGCCCAGGACCCACCCAUGUCCUCAAUGCAGUGAGACUUUUCCAACAGCAGCCACCCUGGAAGCUCAUAAGAGAGGCCAUGCAGGGCCGAGGCCAUUCCCCUGUGCGCAGUGUGGCAAGGCCUUCCCCAAGGCCUACCUGCUCAAGAAGCACCAGGAGGUACACGUGCAUGAGCGCCGCUUCCGCUGUGGAGACUGUGGGAAGCUGUACAAGACCAUCGCCCAUGUGCGCGGCCACCGGCGUGUCCACUCCGAUGAGCGGCCCUUCCCUUGUCCCCAGUGUGGCAAGCGCUACAAGACUAAGAAUGCCCAGCAGGUGCACUUCCGGACACACCUGGAGGAGAAGCCAUAUGUGUGCCAGUUCUGCAGCCGAGGCUUCCGGGAGAAGGGCUCGCUGGUGCGGCAUGUGCGGCACCACACGGGCGAGAAGCCCUUCAAGUGCUACAAGUGCGGCCGAGGUUUUGCUGAGCAUGGCACGCUCAACCGGCACCUGCGUACCAAAGGGGGCUGCCUGCUGGAGGUGGAGGAGUUGCUGGUGUCUGAGGAGAGUCCCUCAGCAGCUACCACUGUGCUGGCAGAGGACCCCCACACUGUGCUGGUGGAGUUCUCGUCUGUGGUGGCUGACACACAGGAGUACAUCAUCGAGGCCACUGCAGAUGAUGCGGAGACCAGUGAAGCUACAGAGGUUAUCGAGGGCACCCAGACGGAGGUGGACAGCCACAUCAUGAAGGUGGUACAACAGAUUGUGCACCAGGCCAGUGCCGGGCACCAGAUCAUUGUGCAGAAUGUGACCGUGGACCAAGAGGCAGGGCUGGGCUCGGAGGCAGCCUCUGCAGACACCAUCACCAUCGCCACCCCUGAGAGUUUGACAGAGCAAGUGGCCAUGACCCUGGCCUCAGCUAUCAGUGAGGGAACUGUGCUCGCAGCCCGCACAGGCUCAAAUGGCACUGAACAGGCCACUGUGACAAUGGUGUCAUCAGAGGACAUCGAGAUCCUCGAGCAUGCAGGAGAGCUGGUCAUUGCUUCACCAGAGGGCCCAGUUGAGGUGCAGACAGUCAUUGUCUAGCAUGGAGCCUGCAGGCUCCCAUUGGGCCGGGGCAGGUGCAGACGCAAGGACCCUCAGUGCCUACCCAUGCCUACCUGGACUAGUAGAGAAGACAGCCCAGAAUUUCAGGCAUCCAAAGGAGACUGGGUGUGUAAAUAUGUUGAAGUUUUUUGUUGCUUUACAAUAAAACAUGAAAACCUGGAGCUUGUGAUGUUGGGGAAGUGGCCUUUGGAAGUGACCAGUGGCAGCACCUGUCUGCCACACUUGUUCACACACCUGGCCACCAGCCCAGGGGCAUUGCUGGCCUUGGUGGCGCCUCCAUGGUGUGUGGGUGUGUCUGGCAUGUUGACAGGCAGCCUCUUGCCACUACCCUUCCUAGCUGGAGCUGUGAUCCCCAAUUUCUCCUCGCCUCUUGGGGUUGGGGGAAACUUGCUGCUCCUCAGCCUCCUUCCCUGGGCUGUCAUGGGUUAGGGUCUGAGGCUGAGACCCAGGAACCUCAAAUCCAGUGGAAUAGCUGCAGCUUUUUACCCUGAGGUGAGGACAACUAUAAGCAAAGCAGCCGGGGAUGUUGGACCAGGAAUGGGCCUGGUCUUUCCUGAUGGUCUGUUUUUCCACGAGGAUGUGGCUCAAAGAGGCAGAUUCUAGGUGACCUAGUUUCUGGGGAGGCAGAGAUAAGAACAAGGCCUGGACCAUGGGUGUGGCUGGCCCUUUUCUGAAGUCCUGAGUCUGUCCUUAGGCCUCUGGGAGCUUCCUGGGUGGUUCUGGGACAAGCCUGCGGUGCUACUGUUGGCUCAGGAGAUAAUCCUGACCCUUGCUUGCUGGGGUUUCCAUGGGAAUGGGAGCCAGGAGUUCUGGCAUGCACUCUUUGGAGGCGGGACCCAGCGGAGCCCUGCCCCUCCCCGCAGCAGGGCCUCAAAUACCCACCAGUGCUCUUGCAUCAGAGCUCCUGCUGAGCUAGGACAGCAGUUUGUCCAGAGCCACAACAGGCCCCAGCCUGGACCACAGGUCCCCAUUUGGACCAGCAUCCGGGAGUCUCUGACACCACUUUAUCCAUAUCACAGGUAAGUCUUGGGUCUGGGUUGAGCUGGAGGCUGGCUGGGAAUAAGAUUUAAAACUGUUUGCUCAUGCUUUGGAAAACCCAUCAUAGGCUGAAAGCCUGGUGUACCCCCGGGUGUGGAGGGGGAUGGUCUGACCUG